AGUGAGCUACCCAUCUGCGGCCAAUCCACGUCGCUUCACGCACAACGCGCGAUAGACCAACACACUUUGAAGCCGUGGUGGUCCAGUCUCACCCCAGUCUCACCCACACUUGGCUCGCCAACGUUCAAGACCUAGCACCAACAAUGUCUUCCGAAGACACAGAAUGGAACGAUGCGCUGCGGGCGCAGGGCAUCAUAGAGCCGAAGGAGGCAGAGAUUACAGAAGAGCAAAUUGAAGAGAUGAUGGACAAAGUCAUUCGGAAUAAGUUUGGGGAGAAGGCCAUAGAAGACCGGACGCUGGAUGAGCUGGACGAGCUGGAGGACGAGGAGGACGACCGAAUUUUGGAAUCAUAUCGGCGGCAGCGUAUGGCGGAGAUGAACGAGGCAGCACGAAAAGAGAAAUACGGCAGUGUCAUCCAAAUUUCGAAGACAGACUACCAAGUCGAAGUCACCGAAGCGAGCAAAAACACCUGGGUCGUUCUCCACCUCUUCCAAAACCACGUGUCGGCCUGUAAGCUCGUCAACGGCAUUCUCGACCGGUUAGCCCAAAAGUACCGCGCAACAAAGUUCCUCAAAAUCGUAGCCGAUCAAUGUAUACCGAACUACCCGGACCGCAACACACCAACCCUGUUGAUCUACGGAGAAGGUGACCUGAAGCGGAACAUUGUGGGGAUAUCGCAAAUGGGUGGGGCAGCGACCACCGUGAACUUCAUGGAGAACAUGUUGAAGCAGAUAGGAGCCAUCGAGGACUCGGCGCUGACAGCUCAGAGGAGUGAAGGAGACAGCGACGAUGAGGGCAUGGGCGGAUCAGGAUUCAAUAUACGUCGGGCAACCAAACAGGAUGAGGAAAGUGACGACGACUGGGAUUGAAAUUCUUAUGUAUAUAUUUCACAUAGACCACGUAUUUGCACAAAUCGAUACACGUAACACUUUGCCGUUCAAGCAUUCCACCUACCAACCCGAUGCUUUUGAUACCGCUAGCCCCUCCAAAAUAGUUGAGAAGCGAGCCUCGAACUCCCCCCAAAAUGCCCAUUCACGAUGAGACCCGACCGAGAUAAUCUGCC